GGCGGAGCUGUAACGUUUGAACCAGACGCGCGACACGGAAGGAUUUUUCCUCUAAAACAAAACAGAAAAUGUUUAAUAGGUUUAAAUAAAUGCGUUUUUGUUCAACAACCUGAUCAUUAAACGCUUAUUUCCGCUGCUCCAUCAUGCCUAUCCGCGCUUACUGCACCAUCUGCUCGGAUUACUUUGACCACACCAGAGAUGUAGCAGCGAUACACUGUGGUCACACUUUCCACUACGUUUGUCUUCUUCAGUGGUUCCAGUCAGCUCCCACUAAGACCUGUCCCCAGUGCAGGAAGCAGGUCAGCACCAGACACAUCAUCAACAAGCUUUUCUUCGACAUAGCGCCGGAGGAAGAGGGAUCUGCGGUCGACCCCGAGAGCUUACAGAAUGAGUUGGACAGAUUGAAAGUAGUUUUAUGUGAAAAAGAGAGAGACUGGAGGGAGAAACAGAAAGCAACCGAGACGCUGAAGGAGACGAUCGAGAAGCAAAGAGCCGACCUGGACCGAGUCAGGAGAGAGAUCGGAGAGAAGGAGAUGCUCUGUACCACCCUGAGAAAGCAGAUGCAGUAUCUGGAGAGUCAGCAGAGAGAAAGUGAGACGGCUAAAGAGGAGGCCAAGAGACUGCGGGUCAAAAUGAAAACCUACGAAAGCCUGGGCAUUCUGCUGCAGGGUCAGAGGGCCGAGGUGGAGGCCAUGAUCUCAGACAUGGGAGUGGGCCAGUCGGCUGUGGAGCAGCUCUCCAUCUACUGCAUCUCUCUCAAAAAAGAGUACGAGAGUCUGAAAGGCAGCCUGCGGACCUCCAACGAGACGUGUGAGAAGCUGAAGAGGGAAGUUUUCUCCUCUAAUAACAAGUUGCAGAAAGCCACGCUGGAGAUGAACCGAGCGAGAGAGGACAUGAAGGCUCUUCAGAACGAUCUCACCAACUCGGAUAAAGAGAUCACAAGUCUAAAGAAGAAAGUUGAGAUCCUGCAGAAGACCCUAAGCACUCCAACACGCACCAAUGAGGCCAUCAGCCGCCUUGUGUUUGAGAGCCCCGCCCCUGUAGAGCUAAAGUCCCCGCGCCUGCACCGGCCCUCAGACACCCAGGACAUCGACCUCAACCUGACCUUCGACAUCAGCACACCUGAGCAGGUGGAGAAGAAGCCCGUUGUCGUUCCCUCCAAGAAGAUGCGCCUGGACGCCGGAGCAACAUCCUCCAGUCACUGUGAGAAUACGUUCAGGAAUAAGCCUAAAGAUGAUGAAGUUUCCAUGGAGCCCAUGUUCAGGAACUCACUGCUGUUCAGGAAGAAGAUGUUUGGCAGCAUGCUCGACCCACACAGCAAACCUGGAGCUGUAAGAACAGGCUAUGACGGACUCGGAGGAAGAACUAAAUUCAUCCAGCCCUCUCCGCUGGCUGAGAUCCGGCCGCUGCUCAUGAAGGCAAAGAGGAAGAAAGUAUCGAGACCAACGGCGAGCAAACUGACCCCCAGCCUCAGCACACUGGACGGGUUCCUGGAGUGACCUCUGACCUUUCUCACACACACACACACACACACACACACACAGAGUGAUGUGAUGUGAGAGAUGAACUUUUUCAGGACCAGGAAGCUGAAGCUGAUGGAUCAGGUCACAUGGACUUGCUUGUGAUUGAACUCCUAAUUGUCUCAGCAGUAAAAGUACCUCCACCAUUGACCUUUUCUUCCUAGUAAUUUUAUAAUUGUGUAAAUUUCCAGUCACUUCUAUUGUACUCGUGUUUAUGGUGUGUAACGUUGUAUAUUUUUGUGUCUCGGUCGUUUCGGUUACAGAGUCAGACUUAAUAAACGAUAUAUUGAGUUGUUUCUUA